AUGGAUUUAUUUGACUUUGUAGUGUUAACAGUCAUCGUUAUCUUGUUACCAUUGGUAGCAGAUUUACUCAAUGGCAUGUUCCCACACGCUAAAAUUGGUAGAAUUGCACAGAGAGUAGUUGGAUAUGUAUUGGUAUUUUUUAUAGCAUCGCUUAUUCUAGUUGCUUUCUAUCUUUGGUAUUCGGUCUACUUUCCCUAUCUCGUGAUGACACGCGAUUUGGAGGCAUCUUCACUAGUCUAUCACCUCAAUGUCUUUACUUGUGUAUUCCUCGUAUUCACAAUACUCUUUUACUAUUAUAUGGCAAUCACAACAACCUCUUUUAUGAAAAUACAACCAAUCAACAAUAAUAAGAGUGGUGGAGAUGGAGAUUCAUCAUCUGUUGGUGGAACCUCUAAAACACAACAAUGUAAGCAUUGUAAUGCAAACAAAUCAACUAGUAGUAGAUCAUAUCAUUGUAGAAUAUGUAAAAGAUGUACAGGUAGAAUGGAUCAUCAUUGUCCAUUUAUUGCCAAUUGUUGUAUGCUAUCAUGGGCAUCUCAUACGCCUGUUAUCUUUCAUAUCAACCGUUCCGAGACUGUAUACUAA